AUGGAGCCAUGCAACAAAGUGUCUGAAGAGAGCGUUGAUUCCACAAAAGAAGUUCGUAUGAAGAACUCACUGCAUGUCAAGGUUUCCAAUCCACACGCAUUUGAUUGUUGCGUUUGUCUUCAACUCUUGACCAUUCCCGUUUUUCAGUGUGAUAAUGGUCAUAUUGUUUGCUCAACUUGCUGUGAUAAGCUUGGGAACAAGUGUGACAAGUGCUCGAAACAAAUUAGCUUAAAACGUUGUAGAUCCUUUGAAGAUCAGUUGCAAUCUACCAAGAUGUCAUGCCCGAAUGAAAAAUAUGGUUGCAGGGAGACAAUUAGUUACCGUGGAAAGAGAAAGCAUGGAGAAGAAUGCAUCUAUGUGCCAUGUUAUUGUCCCCUUUCAGGCUGUGAUUUGUUUGCCCCAUUAGAAGUGUUGUACAACCAUUUCAACCAUGAACACUGCGAUUCUCUAAUUGAAUUUUCUUAUGGCCACCCCUUCGUUGUCUCCUUGAAGUCUAAUGAUGAAACCGUGGUUCUCCAAGAGGAAAAUGAUGGCAGACUAUAUACUCUCAAUAAUAGUAUUGUCAUGAAUAUGGGAAAUGCAGUCAAUAUUAGCUGCAUUGAUCCUAACUCUUCUUCCGAGUCUGGAUAUAGUUAUGAUAUAUUGGCCAAGUCUAAGUUUGGCAGUCUGCUGAAGUUACAUUCUUUUCCUAAGAAUGUCCAACAGGCUACUUUAGCAACUCGUUCAUCGGAGUUCCUCGUGAUUCCAAUUGGUUAUUUUAGUUCUUCUGAUCCUCUCAAACUAGAAAUCUGCAUAACCCCCAAGAUGAAAAUAUUCAUCGAGACCCUGACCGGAAAGGUGAUCACUCUGAUGGUCGAGAGUUCAGAUGCGAUAGCCAAUGUGAAGGAGAGGAUUCUUGACAAGGAAGGCUUCCCGGUGCACAAGCAACAUCUGCACUUUGACAAUCAGCAACUAGAUGACAGCCAGACCCUUGCCAAUUACAACAUCAAAGAGAUGUCAAUCCUUCACCUCACUCUCUGCCUCCCCUAG